CCGGCAGUGCCGCCCGUCAACGAUGCCGCCAUCGAGCGCCUGGCAGACCUGCUGCAGCGUGCACGGGGCACGCUGGUCCUCACCGGCGCCGGGUGCUCCACUGAGAGCGGGGUGCCAGACUACCGCGGGCCAGCGGGGGCCUACACCACCAGCGGCUUCAGGCCGAUGACGCACCAGCAGUUCAUGGCUUCGGAUGAGAACCGGUCGCGCUACUGGUCUCGCAGCUUUGCCGGGUUUCCCAAGUUCUCCAGCGUGCACCCCAACGCCGCGCAUGAAAGCCUCGCCAGGCUGCAGCACCGCGGCUGGGUGCAGGCGCUGAUCACGCAGAAUGUGGAUCGGCUGCACCAGAGGGCAGGAUCGCGACGGGUGCUGGAGCUGCAUGGCACAACACACGAGGUGGUCUGCACAGGCUGCGGCCGCCUGUCGUGCCGCCACGAGUUUCAGCGCACGCUGGCAGCCCUCAAUCCCGAUGCGGCAGCCGUGGAAACGAGUACCAGCAGCGGCGGCGGCGACAGCCCCACCAUCCUGCGGCGGCCUGACGGCGACGCGCAGGUUGUGCAGCGGCCCGAUGGCGACAUGGAGCUGGGGGCUGCGGGGCAGGGGUUCAGGGUGCCGCCCUGCCCCGCCUGUGGCGGCAUUCUCAAGCCGCAUGUCGUGUUCUUUGGCGACGGUAUCCCGGCUGAACGCGCGCAGUUUGCGCUCGACCUCGCGCACAGCUGCCGCAGCGUGUUGGUCGUGGGCUCCUCCCUGGCCGUAUGGUCGGCCUACCGGCUGGUGAAGGCGGCAGUGGAGGGCGGUGGCGCCGAGCUGGCGAUUGUCACGGCGGGGCCAACCCGUGCCGACGAUCUGGCGCACCUGAAGCUGGAGGCGCGAGCGGGCGAGGUGCUGGCACGCCUGGCGGCGCACCCCUCACUCCAAAUCCCUCCUGUGUACUAA